AUGACUUGGCCAAAUCAGACUGUGAUCAAUGAGUUCAUUCUUUUGGGGUUUACCAAGCUAGGCCAUCUCCAGGUUCUUCUCUUUACUUUGUUUCUGAUAGCCUACAUAGCAGCUGUGAUGGGAAACUUCUUCAUCAUUUUGUUAACAAUAGUGGACGUCACUUUGCACAGCCCUAUGUAUUUCUUCCUCAGAAACUUGUCCUCGGCAGAAGUUGGAUUCAUAUCAACUAUUAUCCCUAAAAUGCUUGUGAACCUCCUCUCAGAGAAAAAGACCAUCUCCUUAUUAGGGUGCAAGGCACAAAUGUAUUUGGGCUUCUCCUUUGGGACCAUGGAGUGUUUCCUUUUAGUAGCCAUGGCAUAUGACCGUUUUGUCGCCAUCUGCAACCCUCUGAGGUACACAGUUGUAAUGAACAGGAAGUUUUGUGUGCUGCUGGUGGUGGCUGCAUGGGCCUCUGGAUUACCUGUUGCGACUAUACAGAUUACUUGGUUGUUUAGUUUCCCAUUCUGUGGGUCCAAUGCAGUUUCUCAUUUCUACUGUGAUGCUCCACCAAUACUUCAUCUGGCCUGCGAAGACACUUACAAAUUUGAACUCUUUUCCCUCAUAGCAACAUUUAUAGUUAUAAUAUGUCCAUUUGUACUGAUCCUGGCUUCCUAUGUCUGUAUUAUUGAUGUUGCCUUGAGGAUGCCUUCACCUGAAGGUAGAUGGAAAGUCUUUUCUACUUGCUCGUCACACAUCAUUGUAGUGAGUCUGUUUUAUGGCACAGCCAGUCUGACUUAUUUGCGACCACGGUCAAACUAUUCUCCGGGGAGCAAGCAUCUUCUUUCUCUCUCGUAUGUUAUUGUCACACCCAUGCUAAAUCCCAUUAUCUACAGCCUGAGAAACAAGGAGGUGAAGGAUGCCUUCUGUAGGUUGGUGAGUGGGAAACUUUGUUGA